ACAUUUUCAGUAACAUCUGAUUUUCCAGAAAACACUAAUGACAUUUUUGUUCAUGGUGAGCCAGUUCCUGUGCAAAUUUUGACAGAAAUUUUUCGGAGGAUCGAUGAUGCGAAAACUGUUGGUUACAUAUGCCCAUUGGUAGACUGCUAUAUCAUUGUAUUCCUGCUCGUUCAGGUGUGUCGUCGAUGGCACUAUGUUCUAUCUUUGCCCGGUUUUUGGAUCAGUUAUAUGAAAUAUCGAUCACAGACUUUGCCGCCACAUUCGCUACGACUUGUGCCGGAACUGAAUACCAAAAAAGUUGCUUUUAUCCAGCCAUUCGGAAAGAAUCUGAUUACAAAUCCGAGUGGUGAAAAUUCCAUGGGCGGGUGGAUAGUAACUGAUAAGGAAGGCCAUGGAUUCAACAUCGAACGUCCGCCAAAUGGUUGCGCAGAGUGCUUGGAAGAACACAUAUCCGUUGCAUUUGUUACAAGCUAUGGUUGGUGCAGGAAGUAUUAUGUGGUUGACCUGUGGAAGGAAGGAAUUGAGGUAAGCUGGGCAAUCGUUAUCGAUUGUUUUGUGAUAUUGGACUCGAAUUACAUUUCCCUUUAG